GCACCGUGACUUCUGGCCAUCUUGUUGAGAGGUGGAAUUUUUUUUUCCUCCCUUCAGAAAUCUUGUGCUCGCUGAACUCCUCCGUGAGCCCUGAAUCACUUUCCCCCCUCACAGAGGUUUAGCGUCUCGCUGGCGUCUUUUUUUUUUAAAUAUAUAUAUAUUUUUUCUUAUGCUCGAAUUAGCACGAGCUCGAGUUAGGAGAAUGGGCUGGUCGUAGCCGCGGUGUGAACGCAAACCUUUUACAGAAGUGUUUGCUGUUUAGUUUCUUUUAUUUGAUUCGGGUAAGAUGCUAAAUGUGAGGCCGGGGGGAAGUGGGCCGCCAGCUCGCGCCUCGGACUAAAGUGGCAGCUGAAGCCCGGGAGAGGCGUUACCCGACUCGGCCUGGUGUACACCGCGGACCCGGGACGGAGGCCGAUUCUCUCCGGUAAAAAAAAUACAAAAUAACAACAGCAACAAAAACACAGUCGGUUUUAACAAUGUGGAUCGUAGACUAUUUUAAUGGCCAUCUCUUGGUUUGAUCGAUCGUCAGGAGCGCAACAGGACAGAAGAGGAAGAGCGAUGACGUAUAAUCGUUUGGGUUAAAAGCCUUCAAAACUGAUUUUUGAUCCAACGCCACGUUUUUCUUUUCUCUUUCCCCUCCGAGUCGUGUUUUUUUCCCCCUCCUCUCCUCUUUAUUUUAAAAGGAGGGGGUGCGUUUACUUUCUCGCGUGUUUACGCUUGUCCACGCGAGUGUCUGAAGAUGUCAGCCAAGAAGAAGAGCUGCUUUCAGAUCACCAGCGUGACCCAGGCCCAGGUGGCCACGGUGGGCUGCGCGGACGACGCCGAGAGUCUGGACGAUCCGGACGAAUCGCGGAACGAGGACGCGACGUCGGAGAUCUACGAACCGGAAGCGUGCGACCGGAGGAGCUCGGCGCCGCACGGUGCGCUCAACAGUAUCGGAGAGGGCGAGGUGGCCCAUCACAGAGCGCCGCAACCGGGACAGUCUCCCCUGCCUGGUCAGCAAACCACCUCCUCCACCAACACCACAACCACCAGCUGCAGCUCUCGCUUCCGAGUCAUUAAGCUCGACCAUGGCACAGGAGAGCCUUUCCGCAGGGGUAGGUGGACAUGCAUGGACUUUUAUGAACGGGAACCCGAGGUGACCUCCAGCAGGACGUCAGAAGGGCCCAGGCACGCCACCGAGCACGCCCCUGAACGGGAUAGUGGAUUAGGCGCUUCGGUGGUGGUUCAGACCGGCCAGGCCUCGGAUGUCGCCUCCAAUACCACCACCAUGCUCGAUCUCGCCGCACCGCAUGCUUCGGUGCACCCUUUCGAAUCCUGUAAUGACCCCGGUAAAACGGUGCAGCCCGCAGUUCCCCCUCAGGCUCUUCUCGCACCGGGCUUAAACCAAGGCUCUCACGUCCAGAUAUCGCCCGUUACUCCACAAGCUUAUCAGAACCAACCGCAGCAAAAUCCUCAGUUAUCCUUAGGUCUCCACAUGCCCAACCAAACCGGCAUGAUGCCCGAGUACGGACAGCAGCACUUGCCCCACACCGUCCCCAUGCAAGGGGAUAUCGGAAUCUCCAUCCCAGCCAGUCAGUCGGGAGCUCCGGUUCCGACCCUGAUGGACUGGGCGGGUGUGAUGAGCGUGGCCGGGAUAGCGUCGCUCGCCUCCGGACCUUCAGUUCAGAUCGGACAGUAUUCGGGUGUAGCCGUCCCGGCUGGCCAGCAUUCGCCCGUUCCGAGUGCAGUAGGCAUCCCGGUGCACGAACAGGUUCGGAGGAAAUCGGACGCCUUCGCCGCACCUGGUAAAGAGGCUGGGAAACCCCUGACUACAGACGAGUUUCCCCUUAUACCCACCCCUGGGGUCAACAGCCUGUUUGGGAUCCCCAUUGACGGGGACGAGGACAGUGCCUCGGGAGCCAGCGUCGUGGCCAUCGAUAAUAAAAUCGAGAAAGCGAUGGAUCUGGUGAAGAGCCACCUGAUGUACGCGGUGCGCGAGGAGGUGGAGGUGCUGAAGGAGCAGAUCAAGGAGCUGUGCGAGAGGAACUCGGUGCUGGAGCGCGAGAACGCCGUUCUCAAGUCUCUGGCCAACAACGAGCAGCUCUCGCAGCUCUCUACUCACACGGGCACCGCGGCGACGCCCGUGGCCACGCCCCCGCCCGCCUCGAACCCGCCGCAGCCCAGCGUGUCCUCCGCUUAACCGUCACGUCACCAGCAACGUCCUCGCUCGGCUCAGCACCAGCUUCAAACAGCAGCGCUUCAGUAUACGUGUGUGUGUGUGCGCGCGUGUGUACAUAUCAAUGUGUACGAGUGUGUGUGUGUGUGUGUGUGUGGGGACCAGGA